UCGCUGAUGAGUUAAGCGCUCGAUGGUUGUAGUGGUGAAAAUGGGAGAAUCUUAUAAGGUAGCGGUCAUCGGCGGUGGCAUUGCUGGUCUACUCACGGCCAGGGAGCUUAAAAGAGAAGGUCACCAUGUGACAGUAUUUGAAAAGGCCAACAAAGUUGGUGGCACUUGGCUCUAUGAUCCACGAGUGGAGACCGAUCCGUUGGGUCUUGAUCGGAAUCGGGAAAUAGUUCAUAGUAGCCUUUACAGGUCCCUUAGAGUUAACCUCCCUAGGCAGGUCAUGGGAUUCUUGGACUAUCCAUUUACGAAGAAAGAAGGUGGUGAUCCGAGACAUUUUCCGGGUCAUGAAGAGGUGCUCAGGUUUCUCGAGGAUUUUGCUAGGGACUUUGGGUUGCUGGAGCUGAUUCGAUUUGAACAUGAUGUGGUUCGGGUGGAGCGAGUUGAUGAGACUAGUCACGAGUGGGUUGUUGAGUCUAGGACUCGAGAUGGUGAGUCAAAAUGGGAAUUGAAUGAAGAGGUGUUUGAGGCUGUGGUUAUUUGCAAUGGUAAAUCGGAGCCAAAAAUUGCAGAAUUUUCAGGCAGAGACAUUUGGCCAGGACUCCAAAUGCAUAGCCAUAACUAUCGCACUCCUGAUCAGUUUGAAAACAAGAUAGUGGUGCUCAUCGGAAACGGACCAAGCGCCACCGACAUUCUAAGCGAGAUCGCCCCACUUGCAAAACAAGUUCACCAGGCUGUUAGAGGACCUAAUUUCCAGUUUAAAAAGCUAGAAAAACAUGAUAACGCUUGGCAACAUUCAAUGAUUGAAUGCGCACAUGAAGAUGGUAAAGUUGUAUUCCAAGAUGGAUCAAGUGUUGAUGCAGAUGUAAUUCUUCACUGCACUGGGUACAAAUACUAUUUCCCAUUUCUUAAGUCGAAUGGGAUAGUUAAUGUAGAGGAUAAUCGUGUUGGACCUCUAUAUAAGCAUGUAUUUCCACCAGGCUUAGCCCCUUGGCUUUCUUUUGUAGGAUUAAAUUACAAGGCAGUGCCGGCUGUAGUGAUAGAGUUACAAGCGAAAUGGGUGGCAAAAGUUAUAUCAGGCAAGCUCCAGCUGCCGACACAAGAAGCAAUGACAUGUUCUGUUGAAGAAUUUUACCGUGAGAUGGAGAAGAAGGGAUGGCCAAGGCAUCAUACUCAUAAUCUUAUGUUUAACGAGUUUGAAUAUAUAGAACGGCUCGCUGCUCAGUUGAACAUAAGACCUCUGAAUUGGUGGAGAAACAUAACAUAUCAAUCCGUGCUGAAAAUGAUAUCGUAUUACGGUAACAGAUAUCGGGAUGCAUGGGAUAUUGACAAAUGGAUGCACGAGAUGGAUUCCCCCACUUCUCACAUAUAAUGCUCUCGAUCGAAUAUAGAUAUAUAAUAUCUGUAAGGAAGGACAAAGUCAGGAUCAAAUAUUACGAGGGACAAGAUAUUUGAUUUCAAAAUAACGACUUAUUAUGUAUUUAAUCUAAAACUUUAU